CAUGAUUUGUCUGGAUUGAAAUGUAAGCUUGUCUCUCCUGCUAUCAGGAAACACAUCGCGGAUUUGUCAUUCUCACUACUAUCGUUAGUUCGGUUAACACAGUACCCGUGGCCGGAGGAGAGCGAGGAUUUGUGCUCCCCUAGACAGGUUUCCGGACAACAGCGAAACUGGACUCGGAACUGGACGGAAGGCGUAACUCCGAGAUCCCAAUAAUAAUUUGUGGACUAAACGCAAUGGAGCCAGCCUUUGGAGAGGUGAACCAGCUCGGCGGGGUUUUUGUCAACGGCAGACCGCUUCCCAACGCAAUCCGGCUGCGGAUUGUAGAGCUCGCCCAGCUGGGCAUCAGGCCUUGCGACAUCAGCAGACAGCUCCGGGUCUCCCACGGCUGCGUCAGCAAGAUACUGGCCCGGUACAACGAGACCGGCUCUAUACUCCCGGGAGCGAUCGGGGGCAGCAAACCACGGGUCACUACGCCUACAGUGGUCAAGCACAUACGGACAUACAAGCAGAGGGACCCGGGUAUCUUCGCCUGGGAGAUCCGGGACAGGCUACUGGCUGACGGAGUUUGUGACAAGUUCAAUCUACCAUCUGUGAGCUCCAUCAGUAGGAUCCUCCGCAACAAGAUUGGGAAUCUGUCCCAGCAGAGCCAGUAUGAGUCCAGCAAGCAGUCGUCUCACGCACCACAACCAACGCUACCAUACAACCACAUAUACUCGUAUCCGACCCCCAUCGGAGCCUCUGGGACCAAAGUACCGACUCCCCCGGGCAUGCACUCCCUCCCUGGACACAUGGCUAUGCACAGGAUAUGGCCCUCCUCCCACUCGGUAACAGAUAUUCUGGGGAUUCGGUCGAUAACAGAGCAACAAAUUAGUGACAGUUCGUCCUUUCCCAGUGCCAAACUAGAAGAAUGGAGCGUUAUAAACAGGACACAUUUUCCGCCGUCAGCAAGCUCUCCACUAGUCAAUGGCGUGCAGGAUAAACCACCGCAUUCUAUAGAACCUGAAGCAAAAUACAAACAGACGCAGAGUGGCUUGCCCACAGUGAACAGUUAUGUCACAGCGCCCAGCAUCCCAGCCUACCACCCUCCCACCCCAGUGUCGCCCUACAUGGGGUACAGCGCCACCACGUCGGCCUAUGUGACCGGUCCCACAUGGCAGCCGCACAGUGGCAGUGCUCUCUAUCACCACAGCUGUGACAACAUUGCCGCUCCACUGGCCUUCAAGGGUAUGACAGCCCACCACCGUGACGCCAUCCACCCCCAUGCCCACCCCAUCACCGCCUCAGCACUGUAGAACACAGACAGACGGGCCGGUCGGACGGACGGAGAGACAGAGGGAAGAAGAGGGGGAGCAGGACAGACGGACGGGCAGAUGGAGUUAAAAGAGGAGGGAGGAAGGAGAUAAGGAGAAACAAGUCCUCCUUUACCAUGGGUCUGGUGCCAGCUCAUUACACUCACCUCUUCCGUAUUUAUAUGGUGACCUCACCUAGGCCCCAUAUCCAAUCACAACGUUCUCUUCCAUACCAAAGACACGGUGACCUCACCUAGGCCCCAUAUCCAUCACAACAUUCUCUUCCAUACCAAAGACACGGUGACCUCACCUAGGCCCCAUAUCCAUCACAACAUUCUCUUCCAUACCAAAGACACGGUGACCUCACCUAGGCCCCAUAUCCAUCACAACAUUCUCUUCCAUACCAAAGACACGGUGACCUCACCUAGGCCCCAUAUCCAUCACAACAUUCUCUUCCAUACCAAAGACACGGUGACCUCACCUAGGCCCCAUAUCCAUCACAACAUUCUCUUCCAUACCAAAGACACGGUGACCUCACCUAGGCCCCAUAUCCAUCACAACAUUCUCUUCCAUACCAAAGACACGGUGACCUCACCUAGGCCCCAUAUCCAUCACAACAUUCUCUUCCAUACCAAAGACACGGUGACCUCACCUAGGCCCCAUAUCCAUCACAACAUUCUCUUCCAUACCAAAGACAUGGUGUGGAGAACUCAAGUUAACGCACAGUUAAAGACAGGACAUGGAAGGAAAACCUUGCCACACUAUCUACAGACAUGACACUGGUCUGUGGCCCUGCAGAAAGCUGACAGGACAGGUGUAUUGAAGGACUGACUGGCUGUUUCUCAUAUUUCCAUGGCGGAAAUUGUGCCAUUCUCAUCAAGGACUUGCCUCUUAAACCCAUUUCUGCACACUUCUCUGCAAAUGUUAUUAGGGACAGGAGCUAAAGUACUGUAGGACAAUCACAACCAUGAGGGAAAAACGUUUGCAUUUAAGUGUAUCAGGGGUGAUAUCAAUUGGUAUUGUUUUGGAUGUUUGUACUUGUAUUUUUUUGUUUAUUAUUUUGACAAGUUACAAUCUUAAUAUUGAACAUUGUUUUUUCACUUCUCGACUUAAAUGUAUCUUCAUGUGUAUUUAUUAGACUGACUAAAAGGCUCUAGGGUUGAACGGAGUACAAUUAUUACAUCAGAAGGCCACGGUGGAAACAGUGUAGGCCUAUAUGGAUGUUCCCAACACACUUUGACAGCCUUUGGCCUAGUCUUCUGCGUAAAUGUUUGAAACGAUAUUAUGAUAAAACGGUACAGCUGCACAGGUCCAAUCUAAUAUCCACAAUGAAAUUGAAUGUAUCUUCAUUAAAGGAAACUGUGUGGAUUU